AACAAUAUGAUUUUUGAAUUGUGGCGGGCUUUUUUCAGCUUAUCGAAGCAAGUACCUUCCCUAAAUCAUCAGUUUGGGGAUAAUGUUAUCGAUAUCGACAACUACCUACUUAAGCGCGCAAAAGAAAUACAAUUGAGCUGCAAUUUCUUCUUAUUCUUUUAUGGAAAGGUGUAAAUCAGUAAUUUAAAGUCGGACACCAUGGAGUUAGUCAAGCGCAGCUUCAUCCGCGCCUGCAAGAAUCACAGCUAUCUGUCCUAUCAAAUGAUUGACGAAAUCCUGACGCCGCUGUGUGACGCCCACAAAGUCCGCAAGCCCACCAGCAAGGAGGCAAUCAAAGCAUUUGUUGGAGAGAUAAACGACUCCAUUAAUAAUCUAGGCCAGACCUUGGACUUCAUCAAAUACAACAUCCGGGGUGAGGAGUACCUGGUGUACUCAAAGACCGAUGCGACGCCGGACACCGUCGCGAACACGGGACUGACCGCCGAGGAGUGUCAGUAUUUCUCCAAGUUGCUAGACCGGAUCGCCUCAGAGGAGGACUGCCGCAUCCCCUGGAACGCAGCCUACAGCGAACAUUUCUUACACACCUCCUCGAAGCCAUUAAAGAAGAGUCGCAUGCAGCAACUGCUCCAGAAAUGGUGCAAUAUGGGGUAUUUUCAGGAGAUCGACGAGAGCAUCUACCUCGGGCCGCGCAGCCUCGUUGAACUCAGCUUUUACCUGAGCUCCAAUCACUCCGAUUACAUUAAGAAUUGCACGCUCUGUAAGGGCCUGGUGAUGUGGGACAUCAGGUGUUCGUCUUGCCAGAUCCAGUUCCAUCGAGAAUGUAUACAUAAGUACCUGCAAAAACGGGAUAUCUGCCCUUCCUGCAGCAACUUAUGGACAACUCCCUUGCGCAAGUCCACAGGUGCAUCCUAGCCAGAUCAAGGGAAAUAUAUAUGUUUUCAAAUGUUAUAAAAUUACUUACAUUCCUCAUGAAACCCUAAAAAUAAAGAUACGCUAAGUGUUCUUAAUUUAAAAUAAAGUUUAAGAAAUAUAAGAUUGUUAAACACAAAUUAA